GUCUUUGUCGUGCCGCAUACGCCCGACAUGCUCACUUCCAUCUUCCACCCAAAGAAACCAAAGACGGCCCUUGACAUUCUCACCAUUGUGUCCCUCGUCCUCCAGAUUGUCCUCUUCUUCACUCUGAGAGGAAACGUCCGUCGAGGCUUCUUCGUUGUCUACUUUGCCUUUUGGCGCGGUGCAUACAAUGGUGGUCUCGGCUACAUCCUGAAAGCCCAAAGUGAGAGGGAAUGGAUCGUCAAGACGGUCAAGCGCCAAGGCUGGCUGGACGCGAAGAGGAGGCCCAAAGUGUACGACUGGGCAAAACACCACCUCGUCAUGAAGAUGGACAAGGACUACGACUUUGAUGCUCUUCCACUGGAGUACAACGUCUGGCUUCUUUUUCGAUCCAUCGUCGAUGUCAUCCUCCUCAACGACUUUGUCGCCUAUUCGCUCUUUGCCUUCUCUUGUACCAGGUCUCCAGAGGGACACAGCUUCCUUAUGCACUCGCUUCGUUGGAUUGCGGGCUGGGGUCUUAUCUUCUUCAACCUCUGGGUCAAGAUGGAUGCCCACCGAGUCGUCAAGGACUAUGCAUGGUAUUGGGGUGACUGCUUUUUCCUGUGCUUGCAAAGCCUCGUCUUCGAUGGCGUCUACGAAUGUGCGCCCGAUCCCAUGUAUUCGCUCGGGUACGCUGGUUACUACGGCCUUUCGCUCGUCUCUGGAUCUUAUGCGGUCCUCUUUGUCUCGCUUGCUGCGCACUUUUCUCAAUUUCUUUUUCUCAAAUUCUUCGAAGGGCCUCACAUCGAGCGAGUCUAUGGCGAAAAGAAGCCUCUGGCAGCCCGUAUCCCGUUGCGGACAGCACCGUACAAUGCAGCAUCGGCAAAAGAGGCUGCCACACCGGGUGGUUCGGUACCGGAGGCAAUGGUGGGCGGCAUCCACGAGCCCAGUGGCGUUGCAUCGCCCAAGAGUGCCGAUCACGUUGAGCUAGAACCUGCCACGCCAAGCCAGACCGAUGGGACCACAUCGGCCUCAAGCGAGGAUGAAUCGCAGAUCGAGCACUCUAUCAGGCAGGCAAAAGUGCAGUCCAUCCGCAACGACGUUCGCCUCCGACGGCAGCCGGAUGAGCCAGAAAGGAAGGUUACGAAUCUACACGAUCUCCACCACAGGCUCUUUCAAAAGGAUACUGUCGUUUUCAAGAAUCUCGAUCCGCUCCGAGCAAACGACUUUCUCCUUAUCGUCGCAGUCACGUAUGGCAUUGUCCCAUUCCUCAUGCCCAGCACAGGCCCCAAGACGACGCUUGCCUUGUUCUACCUCAAUGCUCUGGCAUGGCGGAUGAUUCACUCGUUCGGACUGGGCGCCCUGCUUUCUGCUCAAUCGGACAGUAAAUGGAUGGUCCGGCACUAUCUCAAGCACUACGUCCAUAGCCACUCGAGCGAUGCGGUCUAUGCAGCCUUCUCAAACUGGAAGGUGAUCUACAACACGUCGCUCGUCAUGACGUAUCUGUCCUUCGGCGUCCUUUGCUGGAAGUGCUACGCUCCGCUCGGUCGCGACUGGACCGCGGGUACGGAUCUACUGCGCCACGUUCUCGGCGUUCUCCUCGUUGCGCUGCACAUUUGGACGGCUACCUCGUCGUAUGCUGUGCUCGGACCCUUUGGCUGGCUCUACGGCGACUUUUUCAUCGACGAAUAUCCUCAUCAGCUCUACUACACGGGCAUCUAUCGCUUCUUGAACAAUCCAGAGCGCUCGAUGGGAAGCGCUGCUUUCUUUGGCCUCGUCCUGAUCAGCGGCUCCAAGCUAGCGCUCAGCAUGGCUAUCAUCUCUCAUGCUGCUCACUGGAUCUUCCUGUCGCAUGUUGAGAAUCCUCACAUGACCAAGCUGUACGGACAAGCGGCGGUGUCGCGGGACGGUGGUGUCACCAAGAACAUCAAGAGCAUUGCUGAGCGAAAUGCGGGCAUCCUUCGUGCGGCUCAGUCUCAUCCCAAGUUCAAGGAGAUGCAAGCCGAGCUGGGAAGGGUCCACAAGGACGCCAGUGCCAAAUUUGAAGAUUUUGUCAGCCGAAGUCGACCACGCUUCGAGGGCAUGAUCGAGGACACCAAGAUGCUUUUGGAGAAGAGCAGAGAUAGGCUCCUCAUCGUUAAAGUGGGCGACGACAUCGCGACCAUCGAUCGGUCCAAGUACGCUCUCAGGAUUCUUCCAUCUAAGGCGACUGGUCAGCCCAACCGCUUCAUGCUCGGCGAGCCUCUGUCGGUCGAGUGGACGGCACCGAAGAACCAUUCGAGGCGAGACUGGAUUGGCAUCUAUCUUGUCUCGCGCUUCGGCGGGCCAGCAGCUGCAAGCGAGUCGAGACUUGUCACACGCAUCUCCUCUCAGGGCCGCUGGGUUGGUGUGGCCGAAGACGAAUGGGAGGGUGAUGUCCACACGGGCUCGCCAGCCAACGCAGAUGUCGGUGCAGAGUCUUCUUCUUCCUCAUCGUCUUCCGAUCUCGUCAAGGGUAUCGCCACCUUCCGACAGACGAAACUCCCGUGGGUGUGCGGCACCUACGAGCUCCGCUACCACCAUGAUGCCAAGCACAAUGUGCUCGCUCGCAGCACCCCCCUCGAGAUCUAUGUCGACCAGCCCUCGAACCCGGUGACGCUGGACAAUGUCUACCCACUUCUUGGCCGCCUCGUGACAAAUGCCCUCGACUCGCAGUACACGCACGCGCCCCGCUCCCAAACUGGUCGCCCGGAGGCGACAGACGUGCCGAGCGGACGAGCGACGGACAGCGAUCCCGACGACUUUACACUCUGGGAUCUGUCGCAGGCGAAACGGAUUGCGGGCGCCAUCAAGCAAGCCUUUGGCAUCGAAUACACGCCCCAGGUGGUUGUGGCCGAGGCAAAUGUCAGGAGACUCGCCUCGGACAUUGUCGAGGCCAGGCGCUUGCUCGAGCCCGAUUUCAGACCGGAAUUCUCGUUGGACCAGUAA